AUGGGUCGGCUCGACCGGAGUGAUACCACGGCCUCACAGAAAACAGGCGUGGAACUGGUUACCGGAGGCCCAAUCUAUCCCCUUCUCUUCUCUUCUUCUCUUAAUCUCCAAAACCCUAAUUUCUUAAAGGUCGGCAACGCACUCGUAACUCCUCGGUUGCGGGUGUCCAUGGGCGGCGCUGAUUGCUUACCAUCAGGUGUAGUAUUCGAUCAAAAUACCGAAGAAAUCCAGAAUGCUUUCAAGUUUGCGAUGUUGCAACACUCCAAUAAUGCGAACAAAUCCAACCUGGACUUCCAGCUCUACGUUGAUAUCAUCAACACGGCCGACGCCUUCAAACUGUCACGACUUAAAAUUUCUGGGUGGGAUGAGAGGAAGAACCAGACUCUCACGGAUGAAAAUCCACCCCGUUCCCUGUCCUGCGGUCGGAGACAGUCGCUGCUUCCACUCCGCCAUGAGGUCACACCGGAGCUCAUCUCGCCACACGCGAUUCACAAAUCUGGCGUGGCAGCAAUCAACCCUAGGCUUACAAUAUUGAGAUGA